CUUUUUGCUUGAAACGAUUUUCCCCCCUUUUUACAAUUUGGAGUGGGGGGAUAGUUAUCAGGACCCUUUUCCAGAUACGUCUCUGGGAGUUUCCACUAUUCGCGCACUCCUAGGAGUCAGUGGCAGGACAGACUGAGUAAAAUGAAGGCGGGAGGUUUGAAUGCGGUCCAGACUUACGUUAUGUGGAAUUUCCAUACUCAAAAAGAAGGAGUGUAUGACUUCACUGGAGAUCGUGACAUCCAACAUUUUCUGCAACUUGCCAAUGACACCGGACUCCAGGUGAUCCUGCGAGCAGGUCCCUACUCGUGUGCCGAGUGGGAAUUCGGAGGGUUCCCUUGGUUCCUCAGACAAAAUAGUGACGUCAUUCUACGAUCAUCAGAUCCCACCUACCUCUCCUACGUCGACGCUUGGAUGGAUGAAUUAUUGCCCAAAUUGGAACCUUAUCUGUACAACAAUGGAGGUCCGAUUAUAACUGUUCAGUUUGAAAACGAGUAUGGCAGUUACUCCAUUUGUGACACGGCGUACCUGCAGCACCUGGUUCAUAAGUUCAGAGAGCAUCUGGGUCCAGAUGUUGUUUUGUUCACAACGGAUGGAUACUCAGCAGUCUAUCUCGAAUGUGGUGCUCUCAAAUCCGAACUGGUCACUGUGGACUUUGGCCCUGGCGGGGAUCCGGCAAAAGAGUUCGAGGACAAAGAGAAGUUCCAACCAUAUGCACCACUGGUCAAUUCCGAGUUUUACACUGGCUGGCUAAACCAAUGGGGUUAUCCUUUCACAUACGUCUCCGCAGACUCCGUCACUGAAACACUGGACCAAAUACUCGCUCUCAACGCCUCAGUUAACUUCUACAUGUACGUGGGUGGAACGAACUUCGCCUACUGGAGUGGCUCCGUUCCAGGCGACGAUGCCGAUGUCUACGAUAUUACGUCAUACGAUUAUGACUCACCAAUCAGCGAAUCGGGAGAUACGACUUGGAAGUAUUUUGCCAUCAAAGAGACUGUUUCGAAAUAUUUACCUACACCUGUCGAAUCAGUACCUGCAAACUCGACCAAAACUUCCUUAAAAGGAAUAAAACUGGACUCCAAAGGAACCUUGUUAAUCUACUUCGACUUCAUCGCGAGUGAAGACGACUACCAAAGUGCAAAAUACCCCAAGUCUAUGGAGGAACUUGGGUUCGACUACGGGUUCGUUAUGUACCGAUAUGAACUGAAGAAAGACUACCCUAAAAACGUGACUCUCGCUUUUCCUGUUAACGGAAUCGGAGAUCGAGUUUUGAUUCAAACUGCCAUGUCUCAUAAUCACUCCGCUGCUUCUUAUCUCGCGACCCUAGAUAACGAUCACAAGGAGGCUAAGUCCCUGGAUAUCGAGGUCGGAUUGCAGAAAGGGCAUUUUAUUGUCUUGUUUGUGGAGAAUAGAGGACGCCUGAAUGGUGGGAAACAGAUGCAGACUCAGCAGAAAGGGAUUUUGGGUAAUAUUACCCUAGACGGAGAGAUUCUCGAAGACUGGGACAUGAUCCAUCUCAAAAUGGAGGGACUCGGCUCUCAGAUCCUGCCUCCCCCUGAUGUGCCCCCCUCAGUUGCCCCAGUGCCCAUUGUGUACCAGGCGGAGGUGGAGAUGGACAUAGAAGACACUUUUCUCAACUUCACCUCUUUUUCCAGAGGAGUCGCAUUGGUGGAUAACUUCAAUCUCGGCAGGUACUGGCCCUCCAAGGGACCCCAGCAGACUCUGUAUGUCCCUAAAGGGAUCCGAAACUCCACCAAAUUCAUCCUCACUCUUGUCGAGUUCGAGGAGAGAAGUGAGGCAGAGACCGUUGACUUCCUGGACUACCCCGUUCUCAAUGUACUGCCCAACUGAUCCAGAGGGAACCAGAAAUCAUAUUCAACAAAAACUUGAAGAAGAAAGAGAACCAAAGGCUAACAACAAUCAAACGAGUUCAAAAGAUAAUUGAAGGAAUACAAUUCCGACAACAUUCAUUUAUAUAUUUAAUGUAUACAGUCAAAUCUCGAUUUAGCGGACUCCCGAUUUAACGUAAACCUCGGUUUUACGUAAUUCCUUUUCCGGUUCCAAACUUUCCCCUUAGUAAAACCUUCAUUUUACGUAAUUUUGAUUUAACGUAUAACCUUGGUAUUACGUAACUGCUGCAUCGGACCAAAACCAAUGUUUGCAAUGUAAAUAAACCUUUCUUUAACGUCACUCUUCAGCAAGCGAACCUUUCGCUGAACCAGAAGCAGAUAAUGACAAUGAAAAUGAUGUUUUUUGGUGGAAUCUGGAAGUGAAGCACCGACGACUCAGGAGUUCACUGUUCCCGGGCUCCAAACAGUUCAUCAAAGCAUCGAAGUUUUGCGAUUAUUUUGAUACUUAUGUAUGUACCACCCAUGAAUGAUGAAUA